AUGAAUCCACCCAUGCUGCUGCUGCUGCUGCUGCUGCACUUUGUGCUGCAGCGCCUCAUUCGGGCCUAUGGAGGCAUGGGCCUCACAAGCCCCUCUCUUCUAGCAGCAGCCCUUAGCCACUUUCCUGCCCCUGGGGCCUCGGGGGGCCCCCUUCUGGGGGCCCCUGUACCCUGUGGAGUGCCAUCAGAAGCAGCAAAGGCAGCAGCAAUGCGAGCGGUCCUUUCUGCAGCAGCCGAGGCGCUUCCAGAGCAGCAGCAGCACGAGCCGUUGCUGCGGUGCAGCACGGCCUAUGCGCAGUCUCUGGCUGACUACGAGGCAGCAGCAGCAGUCGCAACAGCGGCAGCAGCAGCAGCGGACCCUAAGGGCGUCACUACCGAAUUUCAGCCUGCCUUGGUGUUGCUGCAGUGCUUGCUGGAGCAGCAGGCUCUUUCCCGACCGAAGCUGCUGCAGCUGCUCCCCACCUUGCUGCGGGAGCUGCAGCGAGGUAGGCAGCAGCAGCAGCAGCAGCUGCAGUUCUGCGGCCUCGUACUUUCCGCAUGUGCCAGCUGCGAAUUGCACCUGGUGGAGCUCUGGGAGGAACUGCUGAGCCCGUUGCUGCAGAUGCCUCCUGCAGACGAUCCUGCUCCAGCAGCAACAGCAGCGGCAGCAGCAGCAGCGCCGUGGGGAGGCUGGCUGCUGUCUCGCCCUCUGCUGCAGCAUGUGGAAGUAGCAGUUGCUGCUGGAUGUUUCUGUGGGGUUGCUGCCUCUGGCAGUGAAACUAAAGAGAACAGAGAGGAACUGUUGCGUGCUGCAGCGUCAGCAGCAGCGCACGCAGCAACAUUAGCAGAAGGAUUUCUGGCGUUGCUGCGGCGCAGCAGCAGCAAUUUUAGUCAGCUCACGGGGGAGGCACUGCAGGACCUAACAGAGGAUAUAUGUGGCCUCUAUCGAGCACACGCUGCUGCUGCAGCGCUGCUCGAUCUACAGCAGCAGCAGCAGCAGCAGCGGGAAGCCUGCUUCCAGCUGCAAAAGGAAGACGCACCAGGGGCAGCACCUCCAGCAGCAGCAACACAGCCUUUUCGUGAACUUCUUACUGCGGAGUUUCCCGAGCUGCAGUUGUCGCAGCAGCAAAAGCAGAGGGGGAACAAGCACGCGCAGCAGCUGCUGCAGCAACAGCAGUUGCAGCUGCAGCAGCAGCUGGCGCAGCAGAGAAGCGAUUUGCUGUUCUUGCUGCUCUCCGAAUAUGCGUGGCGAGGCACCCCAAGGUGA